AUUAUGUUAGAAGGCGUUUCGUCUUUCGACCUGUGUAAAACCACAGGCGGACACAUUUUGUGCAACCCCGUCUACCGUGCACGCAAGAUUGGAUGACGUCCUUUACAUUGGUCAAUGUCAGCCAACGCGUGCUAGGAUACGUCUAUCGGAGAGAUUAGGAAGUGGCGUUCAAGUUUAACUAGACGUGUUGUCUGAUAAAGUGCGAACGGUAUAACAGCACAUCGUUGCAAUUUAUCAACAGGCUUCAAAGACCAGGAACGCGUACCUAGCUAAUGAAACUAGGUAUUUUGUUUAGCUAACAUGCUAGCUAUCCAGCUAAAUAUAUUCCAUGUCAGCAGUAAAAAAAGCAUGAGCUAGCUAUCUUUAGUUAAAACAAACAGUGUACCUACCCUAUGCUGCUAUCAAAUAUUUAUUUGGUGGGCUUUGCGCUCGUGAAUGUUAGUUCGCAGCGUAUGCAAGAUAAGAAGAAUCCUGUACGUGGAUGACUAACAUUAGCCACGGAGCUAACUCCGUUAACUAAAGUAGCUAGCUAGCAGUCGUUAGUUUGUAAUCGAAAUGACUUUUAAAGGGUCAUUCAAGACUUCGAGGAUGGUUUUGUCCCUGGUCGUUCUCCUUAUAUUUUUCUCACACGGAACAGCAGCUGAUGAAGAGUUACAGGGGAAUCAUGAUCAUGCUCCUGAAUUGAAGAUCUAUCCGCUGCAUUCGACACUGUGACCCACCAGAUCCUCCUCUCGACCCUCUCAGAGCUGGGCGUCUCAGGCUCUCCACGCACUUGGAAUGCAUCCUACCUGGCGGGUUGCUCCUGAUCUGGUGGCGACACGCAUCUCUCAGUGCCUGUCAGAUUUCUCAGCUUGGGUGUCAGCCCACCACCUCAAGCUUAACCUCGACAAGACUUAGCUGCUCUUCCUCCCGGGGAAGGCCUGCCCUCUCCAAGACCUCUCCAUUACGGUCGACAACUCCACGGUGUCCCCUUCCCAGAGUACAAAGAACCUUGAUGUGACCCUGGACAACACCCUAUUGUUCUCUGCAAACAUCAGAGUACAACCUUGCCUCACACAGGAAGGGCCGCGGGUCCUAUUCCAGGCACUCGUCAUAUCCCGUCUGGAUUACUGCAAGUCUCUGUUGGAUGGGCUUCCCACUUGUUCCUUCAAAUCCAUGUAACUUAUCCAGAACGUUGCAGCCUAUCUGGUGUCAGCCUUCCUAAAUUCUCUCAUGUCACCCCUCAUGUCGCUCCUCCGUGCACUCCACUGGCUUCCAGUCAAAGCUCACAUCAUUACAUCCGUGGUGCUUGCCUACUGAGCAGCAAUGAGAACUGCUACCUUCAGGCUAUGCGCAAACCCUACAUCCCAAUUAGCCAACUCUGGUCUCUUGGCGGUCCAACCCCUACGGGAGUCUUACCAUGACCCCAAUUCUGAGGAGGAAGAGGACCCAGUAGCUUCCAGGAUUGUAGCAGGAAUGGUGACUUCCCCCAGGGAGGCCCCGCAGCAUGAGGGGGAGAGAAGACCUGAUGGUGGGGUCCAGGAGGAUGGGCAAGAGGGGGAAGAGAAGGAGGACUUUCCCACCCAACCUCCUCCCGUUGAGGAAAGGCCCAAAGAGAUUCCUGUGGUGAAUGGGGGCACAGCCAAUAGGGAGCCCUGUCUGUUCCCCUUUCUCUUCCUGGGGAAGGAGUACUCGGACUGUACCACCGAUGGACGGGGGGACGAACGCCUGUGGUGCGCCACAACCUACGACUACGACAGGGACAAGAGAUGGGGCUUCUGUGAGACGGAGGAGCAGGCUGAGCAGAGGCAUGUAGCGGAGGAGGCCGAAAAGGAGUACCAGACUGCCCUCCGCAUGAUCAACGGAACCAACCGGAAGAGCCAGAAGAAAGAGUUGUAUGAGAAGCUAGUGAAGGUGGCGUGGAAAGGCCACCACAAGGCCAUGGAGAAGGUGGCCUACGCCAUGCUGUUUGGAGACUAUAUGACCCAGAAUAUCCCCAAGGCCAAGGAGCUGUUUGAGAAGCUGGCCCUGGAGGGCUCACCUAAAGCUCAGAUGGCACUUGGUUUCUUGUACGCUGCUGGGUUAGGAAUGAACUCCAGUCAAGCAAAGGCGUUGGUUUACUACACCUUUGGGGCUUUGGGUGGAAACCUGGUGGCUCAUAUGAUUCUGGGAUACCGAUACUGGGGUGGUGUGGGUGUGCCCCAGAGCUGCGAAUCAGCACUGACACACUACAGACUGGUGGCCAAUCAUGUGGCCAGUGACGUGUCCCUGACUGGGGGCAGUGCGGUGCAGAGGGUGCGUCUGCUGGACGAGGUGGAGAACCCGGGCUCUACCAGCGGCAUGCUGGAGGAAGACCUGAUCCAGUACUACCAGUUCCUGGCUGAGAAGGGAGAUGUACAGGCCCAGGUGGGACUGGGCCAGCUGCAUCUGUACGGUGGUCGGGGGGUGGAGCAGAACCACCAGCGGGCCUAUGAUUACUUCAACCAGGCAGCGAAUGCGGGGAACACACAUGCCAUGGCCUUCCUUGGGAAGAUGUACUCGGAUGGCAGUGAGUACUUGUCUCAGAACAAUGAGACGGCCCUGCAGUACUUCAAGAAGGCCUCUGACCUGGGUAACCCUGUUGGGCAGAGUGGACUGGGCAUGGCGUACCUGUACGGGAGGGGCGUUCCAGUGAAUUACGAGUUGGCGCUGAAAUACUUCCAGAAGGCAGCAGAGCAGGGCUGGGUAGACGGACAGCUUCAGCUGGGCACAAUGUACUACAAUGGGAUCGGGGUGAAGUGUGACUACAAGCAGGCCCUCAAGUUCUUCAACCUGGCCUCGCAGGCGGGCCACAUCCUGGCCUUCUACAACCUGGCCCAGAUGCAUGCCACGGGCACCGGCGUUAUGCGCUCCUGCCACACCGCCGUGGAGCUCUUCAAGAAUGUGUGUGAGCGUGGGCGCUGGUCGGAGAGGCUUAUGGCAGCCUACCGCAGCUUCAAGGAUGGCGACAUGGACGGGUCGCUGGUGCAGUACCUACUGCUGGCCGAGCAGGGCUAUGAAGUGGCCCAGAGCAAUGUAGCCUUCAUCCUGGACCAGACAGAGGCCCGGAUCUUCAGUAAGAACGAGACGUACCCUCGAGCCCUCCUCCAUUGGACCAGAGCAGCAGCACAGGGUUAUACAGUGGCUAGAAUAAAGCUUGGGGACUACCAUUUCUACGGUUAUGGUACUGAUGUGGACUACGAGACUGCUGUCAUCCACUAUAGGCUGGCCUCGGAGCAGCAGCACAGUGCUCAGGCCAUGUUCAACCUGGGCUACAUGCAUGAGAAAGGCCUGGGCAUCAAACAGGACAUCCACCUGGCCAAGCGUUUCUAUGACAUGGCUGCCGAGGCCAGUCCCGACGCCCAGGUGCCCGUCUUCCUGGCUCUGUGUAAACUGGGCCUGGUCUACACCCUGCAGUACAUGCACAACCUCAAUAUGACUGAGCUGGUCAGUCAGGUGGACCUUGACCAGCUCCUGGGCCCCGAGUGGGACCUCUACCUCAUGACGGUCAUCGCCCUGCUUCUGGGCACUAUCAUCGCCUACCGCCAGAGACAGCAUCAGGCUGUGCCCCCGCGGCCCCCUCCUCUCCCGGCCCCAGACAGGCCCCCUCAGGAGCAGCCCCAACCUGAGGACCAGGUUCAGCCCGAGGUCCCACCCCAGGCCGAAGAGGAGCAGCAGUGAGCAAUUGCUACUAGCAUUAGAGCAAUGACUGGAAGUCUAUGGGAACAGUGAAUAUGCUAGCUGUUCCUGUAGACUUCCAAUUAUUGCGCUAACGCUAAUUAGCAUUGGCUCCCAAAAUGACCUCUAACUUCCUGCAUACUGGAAGUUAGACAAGAAAAUGGUGUCCACAAGUUCAUCUGACUGAGGAAGUAGAUAAAGGGCUUCAUUGCCAAAAUCCCGAACUAUCCCUUUAAUUAUCAUCCAAUCUGUAAAUAAACAGUCUUGUUUUGUGUGCUCUGGUAGUGGUUACCAGAUAUUUUUGCGGAUUUUAUGUAGGUGUUUAAAGGUUACAACUUUCCUUAUCAGCAAAUACGAUACCAGAAACAACACACACACCUUGCAAAACCAACAGCUUUGAGAUUGGCAGCAAUUGGAACUCGACACGUGAAGUUAGCUUCAUCUCCUUGUCUUUAGGAAAUUAUUUGUUCGGGAAGACGUUCUAUAAGCAAACAUUCUUUAUCAAGCAAGUUUUUUUUUUUUUCAGCAUGCUUUUUUGUGCAAAUAUUUCUUUAGCAAACGGGAACUUGUUUUGUUAGCGAACGUGCUUCGUUAGCACAUUAUGUUGAAUUAAUGAAAGAAACAAACUUGCUAAUUUAUUUGACAUCCAGUUCAAAACGGAGCUGAGCUUUGGGCAGCCUUCUUGUUUGAGUGGAACAAGUCAUGAAAGGUAUUGUUGUCACUUGUCAGUAAUUUGAGCUCUGCUAUGGUAUGGUCAGGCAAAAAGUUGGAUUCGGCUCUCGUGUCUAUAUAAUAAGGGAAAUAUUAUGGGGAUAUUGCUGAAUGCCGAUCCCCACCAUAGAUGCUCUCUUACAGCCAAAAUCCUGAAAAAGUGCUAGGUUGAAGAAACCCUUCAGUGUCUACACUGUAGGUGUCUACACUGUGUCUACACUGUGCCUGAUAGUGGUGCACACAGCUGAAAAAUUAAAGGUACACUCAGCAGAUUACAUCAUUAACCGAAGGACAUUAUACAACAGCAACAGCGGAAUUCAAAUCUGCCGCCAAGAUUACCCUCAUUAAGCAAAAGUAACAAUUUGCAUCGCCCCGUGUGGUACACACACAUUGGGAAUAGCCAAUAAUGUCAGUCGUGGCAGAUUUGUAAUUCUCUAUGUUGUCUGUAAGUAGGAAGUUGCCCCAUUCUGUAUGAUGAUGUCAUCUUGCUAAGUGUACCUUUAACCCUUUGUGCCUUUUUUUAUUUUAUUUUUACGGCAAACAUAGAGAAGAAAUGUAUAUUUUCUUGUCCUCUGCACUCUGCACAAUAUAUUACCGUAAAGAGUAGCAUAUCUUAAGAAUUGUACUAUUCUCUGUGUUUGUUUGUAGUCGGUCUACAUUGCCACAGGAUUAUCUUAUUGUAGGUGCAUUUUCGGGUUGUUCCGUCUUCUAGUAAUUGGUAGUACGUUUGUGGCACCAUUGUUCAUUGAAUUUUCUCCUGUUUAAACUGUUUGGCUUGAUAAGUCACCCAGAGGUUUAACUGCGACAGGAACAGAGAUGGCGGCUCUCGUAAUCUCCGGUGACUGUGUAAGUUAUCAUUUUAGGAGCAGUUAGCCUUCGUGUCAUGUGAAGACUCAAUAGAAGAAAGCAUUGACUUUUUCUAUUGACUUUGUAACAUACAUGGAUCCACUCUCAUGGGCUGUAUGUAUAAUUAUUUCGGAGUAGGAGUGCUGAUCUAAUCUAGGAUCAGUUUCGAGUUUUAGAUCAUAAUUAAUAAGACUAUAUUAUGAACAGGAGGGACCUGAUCCCAGAUCUGCUCUCCUACUCUAACACACUUGACACAUUUGGCCACAGAUCUUCAUAUUUGAGCGUAAGGUGGCAAUGGGAAACGCUGUGUGCCAAGGUAAAACAUAAUUACAGUACGUUAAGCAAGAUGGGGUGGGGUAUAAUAACACUGAUGUAAAAAGAGAACAUUCACGUCCUUUAUGUGCUAUUUCCUGGGCUGUGUUCAUUGGAGCACGCACUGGAAAACGUUUUUAAAAAAUCUAAAUAUGUGUAAUAUGACAAGUCCCUCUCUGUGUCAGUAUGUUUUGUUCCAUUUGGUGCCCAAUUUAAUUUGCCAACGGAGGAUAUACCCUUUGCAUACUGUAAAGAGGAAUACACGUGUUUAUAUAGCAAUACACUAACGUUCAAUGUAUGAAGCAGUAUAUUAGGAACAUAAUGGGAUGUUAAGAGAAUGAGUCAGAUUUUUCAUGAGAAGUUUCAAAUAAGACUUAUCACUCACCAAAACGCAACACUGAUGUCCUCUGUACUCACUUUGGUUUGAAUAUGAUAUCAACACAAGUAAUAAAAUAACAGGCUACAUACUA